AAAACAAUGAACGUACAGAGUUUUUUGUUCUUCAUUUCUGACAUAAGCUAAUUUUAGAUUGGUUUAGGAAAGCCCAGCAGGAGAAUUCAAGUUUCCCGACUAUUUCGUAAAAAAACCAUAACUAAAACUUUCCAAAUCUUUUCAUAAUCAUUUCAUGGGAAUUCCCUUACCUACAUAAAAAUCUUUAAGUAAAAAGAUUUUGUCAAGCUGGUUCAGCAUUUGAAAGCAUUUGCAGGUGCGAAAAUACGUUAAUUAAUCCUUGAGGUCAUUCCGUAAUGAAAUUAUCAAUAGCAGGGACUGGGUUUUUCCGAAAGCGAAUGUAUGUGAACACUUCAGGUCGAGCUAUACGAGUAUAAAGGGUUGCAAAUCGACUCGAGAUGUCAGUCGUUAACACUGAGGUGACAGUGAAACAUAUAGCUAAAAACUCAGCACUAAGAACUGAAAACAGCCGCAUAUUAAACAUUAAAUUAAACCUUAGAAAAUUCAAGAUGACUUCAAAACUACGUUCAUUGCUUAAAAUACUAACAUACUUCCUAAUAGUUCUACAAACUAACGCCAGACCUGCGCCCAGUGCUGAAGCUUCUAAGGACAUUAUGAAGAAACUGCAGAGCAUCUUCAAAAUUGACGAAGGUCUUAUGGUAUAUAACACUGGAGUGCUAAGAGAAGAAUUUGAGAACGACGAAAUCGUUUGCGCCGAACGUCGCGCUGGAAAAUCAUAUUGCAAGGAGGUUGAAAACUAUAUUGAGGCUACACGUCUAGACAAAAUCGACCCAAAAGAGUUCGAAAAAUUCAGAGCAUAUUUCACAGAUGAUAUGGCGAUGCCACUGAAUAUAGCAACUCGUGUGGAUAUCGAGGUGCUGAACAAACUUUGCAAUACCAUAACAAACCUGAUUUAUCCGGAAGGUGCGAUGUCAGAGGAUGCCAAGUGGUUAUUGGUGGUGCAACAUGCGCAACAUAAGCAAGGUGUUUUGGUGGAAGAGUGCGAAAAUGAGGAGCGACCUGACGAAGAUAAUAGUACCCUGCCGCUGGAGGAUAUACCGAAAUGUAAACAAAACUUCAUCUAUCGAAAAUUGGUUGUGUUGAAGGACGGUGUGAUGAAGGAAGAAAUGGUUAAAUUACCAAGUACCUGUGAAUGUAUCAUGAGCUCCAUGUGAGAUUAUACUUAGUUAUAAAACGAAAAAAAAAUGUUCAGUGUAGGAUGGUGUGGGUUUUUUAAUACAAAAUAACAAAAAAAAAAUAUUUUAAAGCUUAGGAGAAUUUACAACUUUUCGAUAUUGUUUAUGGUAGUGGAACUAAUUAAAGAAAUGCAUAA